AUAAGCCCCCGGCGUACAUUAACAGCCCUGCCAUCUUUCCCUCUCACAUUCCACAACACCACUGACAGAGGAGAUAGAGAGAGGGAGAGAGGGAGAGAAAGGAUGGCAUCUGUCUGUGCUUCUUCUUCUGCUGUUGCAGCUGUUGCAAUUUCUUCUUCCAGUUCUCAGAAGAGUGGAAAUGGUUUGGGAGCAACAAAGGCCUCUUUCCUAGGAGGGAGGAAACUGAGACAAGGGAAGUUGAUGGCGCCGAUGGGGCGGCGAUCCUUCACCGUUUCGGCAGCAGCAGCACCGGCACCAGAUAGACCACUGUGGUUCCCCGGCAGCACCCCUCCACCAUGGCUUGAUGGAAGCCUUCCUGGAGAUUUUGGUUUUGAUCCUCUCGGCCUUGGAUCUGAUCCAGAGAGCCUGAGAUGGAACCAACAAGCUGAGAUUGUGCAUUGCAGGUGGGCCAUGCUCGGUGCUGCUGGCAUUUUCAUCCCUGAAUUCUUAACGAAGAUCGGCAUCCUAAACACCCCUUCAUGGUACACCGCCGGAGAGCUCGAGUACUUCACUGACAAGACCACCCUAUUCAUUGUUGAGCUCAUCUUCAUCGGGUGGGCCGAGGGGAGAAGGUGGGCUGACAUCAUCAAGCCUGGGUGUGUGAACACAGACCCCAUCUUCCCUAACAACAAGCUCACUGGAACUGACGUGGGCUACCCAGGUGGGCUAUGGUUUGACCCACUUGGAUGGGGAACCGGUUCUCCUGAGAAGCUCAAGGAGCUGAGGACAAAGGAGAUCAAGAAUGGAAGAUUGGCCAUGUUGGCUGUGAUGGGUGCAUGGUUCCAAGCCAUAUACACCGGCACGGGCCCCAUUGACAACCUCUUUGCCCACCUCGCCGACCCCGGCCAUGCCACCAUUUUCGCUGCCUUCACACCGAAGUGAAGAAAGCAUAAGAGGAAAUCGAGUGCAAGACGUUGUUGGGGUAUCAUGAUGUAAAAUCUUUUGUGGGGAUUAGAGAGUUAGAAAGAGGGCUGUGGUUGCAUGAGAUGUUUGUAUCAAUUGAACUUAGUAUUUCUCUUUGUUCAUGUAUUAUGUAGUCUAAAUGGUGAUGCCCAAAGCAGUGUACAAAUGAACACUUGCAUGUUUCCUUCUUAAAGUAGAAGUGUUGAGUUCUUAACUAGGUAAGAGUUGUAACAUAAACCAAAAAAAAAAAGUGUUUAGCUCUAUUUUCAUUUUAUGUAGUUAGAUAGCUCUUUCUUAAUGAUUCUGAUUUUUCUUGCUUUGGAUUUUGUUGAAGAAAGUUAUAAUUCAAGCAGUCAAUAACGGUAAGAGUCGACGAACUCUUUCUUUUUU